AAUGUAUUAAUUAAUUACACACGUGCAUGUACAUGCUUACUAGUUAGAUUACCGUUGUACGUGUAUGUAAUAAAAUACAUUUUUAUCAUUAUUAUGUUUAUAAUUAUUUUUCUGAUUAUUAAAAAAACACUUAUUGUUUUAAUGUAAACCGCUUUGAAAAUAGCAAUAUAUAUGAUACAAUUAGAACUCGCCAAUUGCAUUUAUAUCAUAUGUCUACAAAAAAAGAUAGAUUUUGUUUAUUAAAAAGACAUUUUUUAUGCAACACGACUAAUGUCUGCGUAUUUUGUCAUGUUUAUUCUUUUAUACAAUGUGGAUUAACUGACUUAUUCUCAUAUUUAUAUGAACAACUCGGAUUUUUUUGUAUUCAAUUGAAAAAGCAGACUUGCAAUUGGCGAGGUUUGAAUGUAUUUCGCUUCGUCACAUGACAGCUCGCAUAUCUGUCUAGUUAGAAACGUAAACAAACACGGACAACCGCCCGUAAAGAUUGUGUGCAGAAUAAUCGUGAAAUUUUAUGUGAAAACUCGAGAAAAGGAAAAACAUCAUUUCAUCCCGAAAUUUGGCAACAUUCGUCCGAGUAUGGUUGAGCAGCUGUGUGUGUGUAUGCCGACGGAAUACGACGCCGUUUCUACAUCAAUCACUAAAGCCGGCUGUGAUCGUGAUCGGCACAUUCUCAACUGGACCAACACACCGGUCGUUGUGUAUCUUCAAGCAAACCAACGUUGCCAUACACCACAAAAUAGCAUGGAAAGGAAAGUAUUAUAAAAUAAUAUCACAUAUGAAAGCAUUCUAAUUUUUCCUUGUUAUUUUUCCACUGCAAACAGGACAUUGGAUCACUUGUCGAUGAGUGGUUUUUAUAUGCAAGUGUUGUUAAGAAGUGUGUUGUACGGUGUAUUACGUGUUUUACUUUAUUUGUAUCGCUUUGCAAGUGGUACAAUUAGUGCAUUUAAUCGUUGUAAUACAGCUAACAUAAGAUUUACUCGAGCAUUAGAAGCGGCAACAAUACAUGUGCCUGACGCAGAGACAACAACGCCGUCGGCAUCCGUUGAUACCAUCCAAAGUGAUGGUUGAAAUCGUAUUUAAACGUGUAAAACCAUGUAUUGGGGCGUGUAAGUAUUGAAUAAUAGUUAAAUAAAAUACAUUUUAUCGUUGUACUGGACAAUGUGCAUCGAAAUUAAAAAAAAGUGUGUGUGUUUUUGUUUACAUCCGAAUACAGAAACCACAACGCUAUACUGUGGUUCGAGCACUCGCUAAGUAACGCUUGAGCUUUGAGCUUUCAUUGAGCUUACAUAGAAUGUUACACGCUACCUGCUCACUAAGGACUGCUAUCGAGCAGUGUUAUGAGCAGGUAGCGAGCAGUAACGCUUCCAUACAAAAAUCGCGAAACGUAACGCUCCAAUGCUAUUUGGGCGGUUUCUCACGUCGGUGUGUGUAAAAGCUCUGAAAAGCGCCGAGAUGAGACUUUUAAAAUGAUGUUGAAAAAAAAUCCAUUUUAAUUACUAAAAUGAAGUCAAAAAAGUUUCUUUUACUUUUUAAUAACAUUUUUACGAUUAUUAGACGGCAAAAAUGCGAACUAUAAUUGAUCGUUCGUCAUAAACUGCCAAUUCAAUUUUUUCUCAGCUCCAUCGUUCUUUGCAUGCCGAGGAGAUUUCUCUCGCCGAAAAUGCUGUCAGUCGCUGUCAAAGCAUGCUGUCAGUUAUUUUCUCAGCUGCUUUCUCGGUGUAUGUAGAAACGCUCUAACAUCAAGCACGCGUCUCUUUAAAACAACUAUGAACUGUGAAAGUCGUAGGUAAACGACGCUCCAGUGGGUUGAGGCUUCUCUUGAAUUUGGCUGAGAGCGUUUCUACAUACACCGAGACUGCAGCUGAGAGAUGGCUGUGAGAGAAUUGACAACCGGUUCCUCACGCCGGUGUGUGUAGAAGCUCCGGAUAUAUAUAUAUUACUAGUUAUACUUACAUUAUUCUACAAAAAUAUUCAAUGUAUGUAAUAUUGAAUGUAAUGCAAUAUACAAAUAACUCCAAUAAACACAUCACCUAUGAACAUGUCAUGUCACUUAUGUUCAAAUUUGAUUGAAGAUUUUUUUUGUUAUAUUUUUGUUGAAAUAUGGAUAGACUUAUAUUUUAAAACAAGAUGGCAGAUAAUCAAUGAUAAUCAAUUCUUCCUCCUAUCUCUGUAAUACCGAGGUUGACAUUUCUAAUAUUUCUUAGCACUAUGGAAACCCACAGCACGAACAGUUUUAUAUAGACGCACAAAAGAGGACAAAUAAGUUACAUUUUACUAUCUUAUUUAAAUUAUAAUGCUAACCAUGGAUAAUGAAGUAAUGCUUCUUUUGAACGGUCACCAUAAUCGUAUG